CGCCGAUGCGGCCACUCUGCUCUCACGGUACUCGAAAUUGUGAGAAAAGAAAUGAAAGAAUAUAAAAAAAAAACACAAGCUAAACACACCGCACUUACGCCCCAAAGAAGUUCCCAUGCGCCCGCGCGCUGAUAACGCAAGUCUGAGAAUCUGAGUCCAGUUCCGCUCCGAAUCUGAAACGAAAACUGAACUGAGUAGCUCGGUCGGGAAAUGGGAAUUGAUAUAUAGCGGGCGUCGUCGUAGCUCAGAACAAAUAACUCAUAGCUCUCGAAGCGUGAACGUCGCUGUCGUCGAGUUUCCGCAUUCAAAUCGAGCACUGAAAACAGAAACAUACUAAACAAUAUACGUACUCUCCGGAAUCUAAUGUUCGCCCGUUAGCCGGAUUCUAAAUUAAAUCAAUUGUGAAAAUUCAAUAAGUCAACGAUGGAGGCAAAUGGCGAUACUAGCGCCUGCAAUGGGUAUUCGGACAAGCAGCGGAAGGAUGUGCGCGUCUGGUGCGAUGGAUGCUAUGAUAUGGUGCACUUCGGGCAUGCCAAUUCCCUGCGACAAGCCAAAGCUCUUGGCGAUAAGGUAAUUGUGGGCAUUCACACCGACGAGGAGAUCACCAAACACAAGGGACCACCGGUCUUCACCGAGGAGGAGCGCGUCAAGAUGGUCAAGGGCAUCAAAUGGGUGGAUGAGGUGGUGCUCGGUGCUCCGUAUGUGACCACACUGAAGGUGCUCGACCAGAACAACUGUGAUUUCUGUGUGCAUGGAGAUGACAUUACCAUGACAGCCGAAGGAGUGGACACAUAUCAUUUGGUCAAAUCAGCCAAUCGCUACAAGGAAGUAAAACGCACAGCUGGAGUCUCGACCACUGACCUUGUGGGCCGCAUGUUGCUCCUGACACGCAACCACUUCCGUCAGGGAUCCGCCGAAUAUGAUAUCGAGAAAGAAGUGUCAAUUUUAAAACGCCAAAUAAAAUCCCAUCCAGGUUCUUCGAACAUGGGUCAAGAUUCAGCAGCCAAAAGUCCGUGGACCGGUUGUAGUCAGUUCCUGCCGACUACCCAAAAGAUCAUACAGUUCAGUGAUGGCAAGUCACCGAAUCCCGGCGAUAAGAUUGUUUAUGUGGCUGGCGCCUUCGAUCUCUUCCAUGUGGGUCACCUGGACUUUCUGGAAAAGGCUAAGAAACUGGGUGACUACCUGAUCGUUGGCCUGCACACAGAUCCAGUGGUGAACUCCUACAAGGGCAGCAACUAUCCCAUUAUGAAUCUGCACGAGCGCGUGCUCAGUGUUUUGGCCUGCAAGUUUGUCAAUGAGGUAGUAAUUGGAGCUCCCUACUGCGUCACCGAAGAGCUGCUUGAGCACUUCAAAAUCGAUGUUGUCUGCCAUGGACGCACGCCCAUUGCGCUGGAGAAUGGCAAGAUCGAUCCGUAUGCCGUUCCCAAGACGCGAGCUAUCUUUGAGCUGAUCGAUUCCGGCAACGAGAUGACCACGGAGCGCAUCGUGGAGCGCAUCAUCUCGCACCGACUGGAAUAUGAGCGUCGCAAUCAGGCCAAAGAGAAGAAGGAAAUCGAAGCCUUUGAGGCACUUCAACGCCAAAAACAGACCCAAAAGGCCGGCUAGCCGGAACCAGAUUCCGACCUCUCACACUAGACGAAUGUUUUUUAUUUUCUAGUUGCGUUCUUUUAGUUUGUUUUGUUUAGUUUGUCUUGUUUAGUUUGUCGUCCCCCGAUAAGAUGGCGCUUAUAUUUCUUGUUGCGUUAAAAGCGAAGCGACGCUGCCUGAGGAUUCAGCGCACCGCUCUCUCUAGUACAAUUUUAGAAUAUCUGCACAUGCGCGCCACUUAGAAAGCCUUAAUGAUAUAAGGUUAUACACAUAAUUAUAUAUUUAAAAUCUAAAUUUUAUGUAUGUAAGCUCAAAAUUUGUAAAUUCCCCUUAGUAUGCUGUAAGUGUGAGGAACAGCACAAUUGUACGAAUAACAAUGAUAAACUGUGACAUGUUAUCCAAAUUGAAAA